GUGUUUUGCUCGCACUCGCGGGGGAGCGGGGUUUAAAAGGCAGCGGCCGAGGGCAGGGGUUCAAAGGCGGGAGCCAGGGCCGGUGUGAGCGUGAGGGAGCGAGCGGACGGGACGGGAGGAGAGGAGCGGCGGGGGGGGCAUCCACGCCUUCCCGGCCCGCCGCGUCCUGCCCGGCGGCGAUGUCCAACGUGCACCUCUCCGGCGCCGCCGCCCUGGAGCGUCUCUCGGCCCGGCGAGCCCUGGCCGGGCACGGCCGCAGCCCCGUCUGCAGGAGCCUCUUCGGGCCGGUGGACCACGAGGAGCUGGGCCGGGAACUGCGGGAGCGCCUGCGGGAGAUGGGGGAGGACGACCAGCGCCGCUGGGACUACAACUUCCAAACCGACACGCCGCUGCCGGGGCCCGGCCGCCUGCGCUGGGAGGAGGUGGAGGCCGGCGCCGUGCCCGCUUUCUACCGGGAGACUCUGCAGGUGGGACGGUGCCGCGUCCCCCUCCUCCGGGCGCCCCCUUCCCCGCCGCCGCCGCAGCAUGCGCGGGGCCGGGCCAGUUCCGCCACGGGCCUGGGCCCCGCGCCGCAGCCGCUGCCGGGGCCCGGCCGGUCCGAGUGCCCGUGGGGAGGCUGUCCCUACGGACACUCUUCUUUUGCCCUUUUGUUUUGA